AUGGGAGUAUGUGUUCGAGGGCCAGGGCGUGAGGGUAUUGAUGACCCCAUCAUGCUGUGCACAGCGGGUGAUCAACCACAGAGCCACAGCAUAUCUGCAGGUGGGGUAGACACUAUCCUGUUUUUGCCUGCCAUAAACAGGGUGUGGGUGAAUUGUGAAAACCUGCAAGUGUCUUUUGCUAAAGGCAGCGGAGAAAAGACACCCUUGAUGCCUCCUCCUCCUAUGUGUGAUGAAAGGAAAAGAUGCACCAUGCAGCAAGCUCAGGAUGGGAUGUCAUUUAAAGAGGUGGCCGUGUAUUUCACCAAGAGGGAGUGGACCCUCCUGCACCCAGCCCAGAGAGCUCUGUACAAAGAAGUCAUGCUGGAGAAUUUUGGGAACGUGGCCUCUCUGGGAGAUAUUUGGGAGUCAGUGAAUGAAGAAGAUAAUCCUGUGAGGGAGAGAGAAGAUACAUAUUCAGACAUGCAAGAGAAGGUUGAAUAUUACAUUGCACUGAGGAAAGUGGAGGGAAAACACUCUCCUAAAGAGAAGAAUAAUUCCAGUCUUUUAAAGGGCAAUCACUUUCUACAUAAAAAAAUAUGUGAAGAAAAUAAGAGGACUAUGCACGCUUCAAGCAGGGAAACGUUUACUGAAAAAUCAGUUAUUAAUAUUCAACAGAACAGCCGGAACAGAAAGAAGAUACAUAAGUGCCUGGAGUGUGGGAAAAGUUUCAAUCAAAGAGGAAACCUUACUACCCAUCAAAGGAUUCACACAGGGGAGAAACCAUAUAAAUGCCUGGAGUGUGGCAAGAGCUUCAAUGACAGUCAAAACUUUACUGUCCACCAAAGAAUUCACACAGGGGAGAAGCCAUUUAAAUGCCUGGAGUGUGGGAAGAGCUUCAGUAGGAGUGGGGAUCUUACUGUCCAUCAAAGAAUUCACACAGGGGAGAAACCAUAUAAAUGUCUAGCGUGUGGGAAGAGCUUCAGUGAGAGUGGAAGUCUUACUGGCCAUCAAAGAAUUCACACAGGGGAGAAACCCUAUAAAUGCCUGGAGUGUGGGAAAAGCUUCAGUCGGAGUAGAACCCUUACUCUCCAUCAAAGGAUUCACAGAGGGGAGAAACCAUAUAAAUGCCUGGAGUGUGGGAAAAGCUUCAGUUGGAAUGCAAACCUUACUACUCAUCAAAGAAUUCACACAGGGGAGAAACCAUAUAAAUGCUUGGAGUGUGGGAAAAGCUUCAGUUCAAGAGUAAACCUUACUACCCAUCAAAGGAUUCACGCAGGGGAGAAACCAUACAAAUGCCCAGAAUGUGGGAAGAGCUUCAGUGUAAGAAAAAGCCUUACUAUCCAUCAAAGGAUUCACACUGGGGAGAAACCAUAUAAGUGCCUGGAGUGCGGGAAAAGUUUCAGUGAAAGUGGAACCCUUAAUUGUCAUCGGAGGACUCACACAGGGGAGAAACCAUAUAAAUGCCUAGAGUGUGGGAAAAGUUUCACUCAGAGGGCAGCCCUUACUACCCAUCAAAGAAUUCACACAGGUGAGAAACCAUAUAAAUGCCUGGAGUGUGGGAAAAGUUUCACUCAGAGGACAGCCCUUACUUCCCAUGAAAGAAUUCACACAGGGGAGAAAGCAUACAAAUGCCUGGAGUGUGGGAAGUGCUUCAGUGAAAGUGGAAGCCUUACUAUCCAUCAAAGGAUUCACACAGGGGAGAAACCAUAUAAAUGCCUGGAGUGUGGGAAAAGUUUCAGUAAUAGUGGAAACCUUAAUACUCAUAAGUGGAUUCACACAGGCGAGAAACCAUAUAAAUGCCUGGAGUGUGGGAAAAGUUUCACUCAGAGUACAGGCCUUAAUUCCCAUCAAAGAAUUCACACUGGCGAGAAACUGUAUAAAUGCCUGAAGUGUGGCAAAAGCUUUACUGAUAAUAGAAGCCUUAAUUCUCAUCAGAGGUUUCACAUGGGAGAGACAAUAUAA